AUGUCAGCCGACAAUGCUCCUUCGUUUGAUGGCGUGCUGGAAUCCCUGGCUCCAGUCACCUCCGCAGAUGCCGUCGACUCCGGUCACAAUCAGAACCAGAGUGCUCCUACUGCCAAUGGUAAUAGCUUCAAAGAUACAAUGGUUAACAACACCGCUGCUGCCAUGAAUACCAUCUCGAAUCACCCCCUCACACAGAACGCAAAAGAGACUCUGACCCAAGGACCUGUUGCUGAAUCUGUCAAAAAAGAGAGUGCUAAAACCGGCAAUGACCUUUCCGGUCUUGCCAAUUCCCGUGUUCAACCAGACAGCACUGCAGCAAAUGGACAGCCCUUGACACAUUACCAUUCGUUCUUCUACACACUUCUGAGCUGGGCACAUCCAAGAGCCACGGCUAUCUCCUUUGCUACCUCUGUCAUCUUCAUCUUCGCCUCCCGAUAUCUUCCGCUGAUUCGAUGGGUCUUCAAGAUUGCCUACAUUGCAUUCGGUGUCACCGCUCUUGCCGAGAUUCUAGGCAAGUUCGUGAUGGGAACAGGUGUUACGACUUCUCUCCGUCCCCGCAAAUACUACAGAGUUCCAAAGGAGACCCUCGAGACAUUCUUGGACGAUGUUGAACAACUCAUCAACUUCUUUGUUAUCGAGUUCCAGCGGAUUUUAUUCGCCGAGAAUCCUGCAGCCACUGUUGCCGCAUUCCUGUCCGCAUUCAUCUCCUACUACCUGAUCAAGAUCGUUCCGCUAUGGGGACUUACGCUACUGAGCACCUGCGUCAUCUAUCUUGCCCCUUUGAUCUACAUCAAGAACAAGGACGCCAUUGACAGCCAAUUGGAACAUGCCUCUGAAGUCAUCUCUUCCCAGACCACACAGAUCAAGGACAUCGCGGGUGAACAAACCAGUAAGGGUCUGGAGAGCGUCAAGCACUAUACCGGUGAAUAUGCUGCCAAAGCUCAAGACCUUGUGGGUAGCGCUCGACAGAAGGUGCCAGCUACUAUUGGCGGUCGUCAACCAAAGCCAGCUGUUCAGGAGAGCGAGUUUCCAGCAGCACCAAAGUCCGAGCCUACACAGGAAAUGCCACAGGACCAGCCACAGGACCAGUUGGCCGACGGACCACUACCUGCCCAAUAG